UUUUCAUCACUCCAGCAGUGAAGCACAUUCUAUGAAGCCAGUGCAGAAAUGGCUCUACCCAGUAUCGCACUACUAACUGCGUUGAUCUGCAGUGCUUGUGCUGCGAGAUCAGUCGAUCAGCUUCGGGUCUGGUUUGAUCCUCAGGACUACACCAGCACCUUUGGCGAACCGGCGUAUUUGUUUCUGUGGAUUGACGGGGUUGUGGACAGGAAUGUAACGGUGAAGUUUAACGCCGUGGACGGGGCGAGUCAUGUGAACAUAACUGCAGAGCAGUCGCACUUCUAUGAGGGUGCGAGCUACACCGAAAAGCGGACGUACGUUUCGGUAACUGGCAGCCAUCAGGGGAGAUUCAUAAUCAAGGCCGACGUCGAACCUGAAGGAAGGGCUGACGAUCGUAGACUGUUUGCCCGGUUGAAGGUGGCCCUAAACCAGCCGUUGAUCUACAUUUCGUUGGUGAUCGGAUGGGCCUACACUGCAUGCUGGUCGAUCGGUUACUACCCACAGAUUUUCCUUAAUCAUCAACGUAAAAGUGUAGUCGGUUUGAGUUUCGAUUUCCUACACAUUAACAUCGUUGGGCACAUUUGCUAUGCCGUUUUCAACUCUUUUAUGUACUGGAAUAAUUACAUUGAGCAAGAAUACUUCGAUCGUCAUCCGCAAGGGUUGAACCCCGUGAUUGGAAACGAUGUAGGAUUCGCCGUACAUGCUUCGCUUGCCACCGGGUACACCAUUCUGCAGUGCUACUUCUACCCCAAGCAUGGAAAUACAGUUUCCCCAGCAGCCAAAGUAAUCGUUGGAACAUACUUCGUUAUUAUAGCGAUAGCGGCCAGUCAGGCUGUUUUCGGCGCAUUUCACUGGUUGGACUUUUUGUACAUAUUGAGCUACAUUAAGCUAUCGACGACGUUGGUGAAGUACUUCCCGCAGGCUUAUAUGAACUUCAAGCGGAAAAGCACCGAAGGGUUUUCGAUAUGGAACCGGCUGCUUGAUAUCGCUGGAGGGCUGCUUAGUAUCCUACAAAUGGUAAUAAAUGCGUGGAAUUUCGAUGAUUGGCAAUCGAUUUGGGGUGAUCCCGUCAAAUUCGGGUUGGGAGUGUUUUCAAUUCUUUUUGACAUAGUUUUUAUUGUCCAACAUUACGUUUUAUACAGAAAAUCAGACCACGUGGAUCAUGUUUACAAAAUUGGAAAACAUACAAGUAUUCAGACGAGUAAACUUUAACAACAUUUGGUGCAUUUUACUCAUUAAUAACCACCACACAGUUUUUUAAUGUUUCAAAUAAUCUCAACAAAUAGUCCCGAGUUCAGAGUAGAACAAAUAACAGCCAAUAGAAGCUUAUAUUAUUAGUACAAUGAGUACAAGUAAUCAUCAUAUUUUUC